GAUGAAACAGGUGCCUAUUUAAUAGACAGAGACCCGACCUACUUUGGGCCAGUGCUGAACUAUCUCAGACAUGGAAAACUGGUUAUUAACAAGGACCUAGCUGAGGAAGGUGUACUGGAAGAGGCUGAAUUCUACAAUAUCACAUCACUAAUAAAACUGGUAAAGGACAAAAUAAGAGAAAGAGACAGCAAAAUCUCACAGGUGCCAGUCAAACAUGUGUACAGGGUGCUGCAGUGCCAGGAAGAGGAACUCACUCAAAUGGUUUCCACAAUGUCCGAUGGCUGGAAAUUUGAACAGCUUGUCAGUAUAGGUUCCCAGUACAGCUGUGGCCGGGCCCAGCAGUCAGAGUAUCUGCUGAUAGUGUCACGGGAAGUGAAAGGGGAAGAGAGAUGCUUCCAGAAAUGCUGCAGUGAG